GGGGACCUUACGGUUUGUAUGGGCUUCGGCUCAUGCAUCGUCUCAAUAUUUCCCUGUCCUGCUUCGGCCCUCGGGCUGGGCAGGCCUUAUUUUUGGUCCCUGCGCUGUCCUAACCCUAACCCUAUCGUAUCAUCGUAUUGAAGACUUUCGUUCAAGGCCGUACAAAUUAAUGACGUCUGCAUUGUUUCUGCUCACUUUCAUUCACAGCACAUAGUGUGCACAGUGUUAAUUGAGCCCAAGAUUACACUCAGCUGAGCUGACGCACAUGACCGCGUCGAUGACGUCGCCACAGCAGCUGCAGGUUGUGCCCGCCCAGCACGCAUGCCAGUGGCUGUCCGCCGCUGUCCCUCUGCUUGACACCGCCAGGUCUGCAGACAUGGGUCGACUAACGUCCUGGCUGAAGGCACCGUUCCACUUCACUUCGCCAUCGGUCACUGCGCUCGCGGGCCUCAUCUACGUCGUGAUCUUCGCGAGCGUGUUGUACACAGACGAGCUCACCGGCGUACCCAAGAACACGAAGGGUCUGGAUGUUGACCGCGCGUAUGCAGACCUACACCAGAUCACCGUCCGCCCGCAUCCCUACCUCUCACACGCAAAUGACGACGUCCGCGCCUACCUUCUCUCCCAGCUCGCGCCCAUCGCGGCGCAACACGAACAUGUACACCUCUCGGACGACCUCACCUCGAACGCGUCGUUCGUCUCCCCCGGCAUCCUCAAGGGCCAGACGCGCACCGGCAUUUAUUUCGAGGGCACGAACAUCCUCGUCAAGAUCGACGGCACAGACACACCGCUCGCCGACCCGGAGGGCCAGCACGACGGCGUGCUCUUCUCCGCGCACUACGACUCUGUGUCGACUGCGCCGGGGGCGACGGACGACGGCAUGGGCGUGGUGACGCUCGUCGAGCUCGCGAGGUACCUCGCCGUGCCCGAACACAGGCCACGCCGUACGGCGGUGUUCUUCUGGAACAACGGCGAGGAGGACGGCUUGAACGGCGCAUAUAUGUACUGGAAACACCCGUGGUCCAACCUCACUGCGACGUUCCUCAACCUCGAGGGCGCGGCCGCUGGAGGGCGACCCGUCCUCUUCCGCUCCACAUCGCAGACCGUGACACGCGCAUAUGCGUCCAAGGCCAUCUCGCACCUCCAGGCAGACGUCCUCACCGGCGAUGCCUUCAAGCGGGGCGUCGUCCGCAGCGGUACCGACUAUCAGGUCUAUGCUGUAGGAUUGAAAGGCGCACGGAGCCCGAUGAACGGCCUCGACGUGGCGUUCUACAAGAACCGCGCAUUCUACCACACCCCGCGUGACUCGAUCCCCGGCAUGCGCUAUGGCGAAGGGAAGAAGGCGCUCUGGGCGAUGUUGGAGACCGCUCGCGGCGCGGGCCUAGCGCUCCUCAAUGACGACGACACUACCGGUGACGAUGGCUCACAGGGAGUGUACUUCGACUUGUUCCGCACGACGCUGGUGCUCUUCUCCAUGACUGCGCUGUUCGUGGUGAAUGUCGUGCUCUUGGUCGUUGGCCCGAUCGUCACCAUUGUCUUGUUCGUGUUCCUGGUGGUCACGACGAAGAGGUCUGGCUCUGGACAUGUCGCGGAAGACGAAGUGCCUGCCACCAAGUGGCACAAGGUCAAGAAGGCCAGCAGGGUCAUCCUCGGCUGGGGUCGGUUCUGGAUUGCACUCAUAGUCGGGAUCCUGGCCCACGUCGGUCUCGUUGCGGGCUACAUCAACGUGAACCCAUAUGUCGUGCAUGCCCACCCUUACGUCGUACUGGGGACCUUCCUCUCGCUCUCCUACGUCGCCAUCGCAGGCCCCCUUCAGCUGCUGCAGCGCUUCAUUCCGACGUCGCCUUCCUCUCAGAAGCUUGUCCUUCUGCUAGAGCACUACUUCCUCACCUGGGUGCUCCUCGUCGUCGCCACUGUCCAAGUCCGCGAACACGGCCUCGGCGGCGUAUACUGGAUUACCGCGUGGAACCUGACUGCGUGGCUCGCGGUGGGCACUGCGCUCGGCGAGGGCGCGGUGGGCGGCUGGAGGGGCAGUGAGCGGGGCCGCAAGGCGGGGCUGGACCUCUCGAUCGAGAACGACCAAGACGAGACUGCUGGCUCUGAAAGACGCUUCGUCAGGGGUCUGCGGUACGACGCGCCGCCGGAUCGCGAGGACGAGGAGCACGGGGAGAAUGGCCGAGAGGACAGUGGGGAUGAGGGCGACGUGGUGGAGACGGACCCGACGGAGAUCACGCCGUUGGUGCGGCAGCAGCGGCGGUCGCUCGAGACGGGCGCGGAGGACCCCAAGUACGACGAGUAUGGGUGGUGGAUCUUGCAGAUGGUGUUUGCGGUCCCGGUGCUGGCGACGUUGCUCUUCCAGCUGGAGUACCUGCUCCUGCAGGCGCUGAUGAACACUUUGGUGGACGGGAGCAGUGCGCUGAACCUGUAUGGGUGUCUCUCGGCCUUGUCUCUGAUGAUAUUCCUCCCCAUCGCGCCCUUCGCACAUCGGUUGCACCAUUGGUUGACCGUGGUCGUGCUCGUCGUGUUCGCGCUGACGCUGAUCACCUCGUGGACGAUAUUCCCGUUCUCUCAAGAGCGCCCUUUCAAGAUCUUCUUCCAGCAACAGGUCGAGAUCGUCACCUCUUCGGAGACACAGACUCGCAGCACCCCUCUCGCUUUCAAUAGCCAGAACGCCGACACCAUAGGUAUGGCUGGCGUACCAGCUGCCGCGUCCAGCACGGAUGUCCGCGUUUGGACCGUCUUGACAGGACUAUCUGGAUUUGUGGACCGUCGCAUCGUUCCCGAGCUGCCUUCCUCGUGGGGAAAGGAUGUGCAAUGCACGCAGAACACAGUGUUGAAGCCCGGGCUGCUGGACUGCAGGUGGGAGAGCGACCUCGUCCCUUCGCCAGGCGGAGGCGAUGACCGCGACGUCCGGUGGCUCGACGUCGAGACGACACGGCUCAACGGGACCAGCGGGUUGGUCUCUCUGAAGGGCACGAACACGCGCGGGUGCAGGCUGUAUUUCGACAGGCCUGUCACGUACUACAAGAUACACGAUGUCGACGACGCGGACGAGCCUGAAACCAAGGCGACUGGCGAGUUCCUACCAGGGUACGAGAUGCCCGAGGAAGGGGUCAGGGAUAUCAAGCUGUGGAGCCGGGAGUGGGAGAGGGAAUUCCGUGUCGAGGUUGGAUGGAAGGGAGACUCGGAGGAUGGAUUCGUUCAAGACACGAUGGGCGGCCGCGCGGCUUGCGAGUGGGCGGAGUACGCGAGCGCGUCGGACGGCAUGGGUCAGAAUGGGCUGAUCCCUGCCCUGGAGGAGGUGAAGGCGUUCCUGCCGCUGUGGGCGCAGCCGACUAAGACGACAGACGGCCUUGUGGAGGCAUGGACGAGGUUCUCGAUUUGAGUAGGUAUGGAGCUACGGACGUGGCACGGAAUAACGACGCGAUGCCUUCGUGAUGUACUUGUACGUAUGCAUUAUCUUCGAUCAAAAAGGCUAGUUAUUGUAGGUCGUCUGAUGGACUGGCUGAGCAUAUUGGCCCCAUGUACGGAUACGUGAUGCAUGGGUCUUGACCGGUAUGGAUAUCAGCUGAGUCCAUAUGGUUAGGCCCUGCUGGGAAAGCGCGAAUAGAGGCGGAGCUCACUGCAGUGUGUCGGCCAUUGAUAUUACUAGUAUAUAAAGCAGAUCCGGUGAAUUCGUUUGCAUCUA